CCUCUCCAGCUCUGUUUGCUUUGGAGUUGAGUCAAGAAGGGGCAGGAUCAGACGGGCGGCCCCAGGCCCUCCCCUGCACCAGGAUGUCAGGCUCGGGCCCCUGACCUUUGUUCCAGCCAGGGGCCUCCUAUAAGUGGGCGGGCCUUGUGCCUGGAGACCCACAGACACACUUGGCUGAGUCCUCCACACGCCCCUUAGGCAAUCUCCUCCCGGGGGCUCGAGCCUGGCUCCCGAUGCGAGCCGGGCUUCCCGGUGCUGCGGACAUGGCCAACAGAACCAACGGCUCCGCCCUGUACUACAGCUACGAAUAUUACCUGGACUACCUGGACCUCAUCCCGGUGGAUGAGAAGAAGCUGAAGGCCAACAAGCACUCCAUCGUCAUCGCCUUUUGGGUGAGCCUGGCCGCCUUUGUGGUGCUGCUCUUCCUCAUUUUGCUCCUCAUGUCCUGGUCGGGCUCCCCGCACGGGAGCUACAGAGGACUGAAUUGUACGCUUGGAACCGUACAAUUCAGCUCCACCCCCUGCAAAGAUCUCUCUCAAUGAAGCCGUAAGAAAGAACAAAGCCAACACUGACCCCACGUGUGGCUGAAGUCACGCCCCCUGACUCCCCCGGAGAACGGGCCCCUAGCCUAGGCACAUCCGGCCACUCUCUCAGGGGCUGCUGCCAUGGCUGUAGUUUCACCGGAGGCAAACGUGGGAGCCACAAGAAGUGAUUCAGACCCAGCUCGGGCCGCGUUCUUCCCGGUGCAAGAGGAUUGGCUACUGCUGUCCGAAAGGACUUCCGCCAUAGGGAAUGGGACCGGGGUGGGCAGCUGACCCGGAGAUGAGCUGGGGCCAGCGAGAUCGCCAGCUCUGCACCUGGGAGCUGGGAGACGGAGCAGGAGGCCACGGUAGACCAGCCUGCCCAUCACAGACCCGAAGCCUUGGGGAGCAGAAGCCAGGACGAGGCACAGGCGGCUGGGCAGCACAGACAAGCAAGCCGGGGGAGGAGACGAGGGGCCCCGGGAGAACCGGAGGGUAGCGCCCCUCCCUGAUGCUCGUGCAUUUACAGGCUCCUCCGGGGGUCUUCUCCGCUGCCCGCCUGUCCACCCGCGGCGACCCGCCCACCAGGUCUACUCCCUUCCGGUCUGCUCUGGGUACCUCUGGGAUGGUUUGUGAAGGCUGUCAGCCGGCCCCACUCGGGGGAACGUUCUUGGCCCCAGCAGGCUCACAGGGGCUGUCCCUGCCAAGCCCAAGUUCAGUGGACACUACAGCCCUUGUGAGCUAGAGUUGUUUGUUUUGCUUUUUCCAGACUUAGUGUUAUCUAUUUGAACGGCAGUGAUAGAGACAGAUAGAUUCUCCAUCUGCUGGUUCACCCUCCCCAAGCCUGAGUUGGCUUGGGGUGUGGGGAUGACACCGCCGUUGAUACAUGGCUGGAUACAAGGCCAAGCUGCCCAGCCCCCACUGCAAGCGGACAGAGGAGGAAGUGACCUUGAGGGUGAGGCGGAGGCCCGGCUCCCUGCCUUCUGCUUCCUCUGCGCUCUGUGCUCUGGCCUGGCCUCCCCUGGGGCUCGCCACUCCCUGGGCCGUGCAGGCAGGAGACAGGGGAGCGCCCAGCCGUCUCCUCUGAUGCCGCCUCCCCUUCUGCUCUG